AUGGCUAAGAAAACCACAAUCCUCACCGGCGAAGCUUCUUCUCCUCUUCUCUUCCGACACGUUUCACCAGGACCAGGAGAUUCCGCCAUGCAGUUUAGGCUGAUUCAUUUAUGGGAAGCUCGCAAGAACGUCAAAGGAGGACCUGGCAUCAUUCUUGGGAUCGAGAUGCUUAUGAUCGAUGCGGAGGGGUUCAUCGGUCAGAGCCGUCGCAACCAAUAUGAGAAAGAGCUCAAACGUGGGAGCAUCUACACACUGACAAACUACUAUGCAUCCAACAGCAAGGUGAUGUACCAUGUUGCUGAUCAGAGGCUGGUAAUUUGCAUCUCACACGCCUCUGAGCUGACGAAGGUGGAAGAAGACAUUGAAGGCAUUUUGACAGAGAACUUCAGAAUCCAUUCCUUUGCAGAUUUUGAAGCCAACUGCGAUCUCAGAGGGGAUCUUCACGAUGUUUUUGGCCACCUUAAGCUGGUUGACGGGCAGCCUCUCCAUCAGCGUUCGGUUUUGUGCACCAAGGACGACUCUGCUUCUCGGAAAGUGAUGGUUCAUUUGCAGCUUAAAGAUGGUCCAGUGAUUAACGUCUACCUAUGGGACGAGGCUGCAGAGAAUUUCCGCGUGAAGUUUGACGCAUGUGCAGCCACUCCAACGGUUCUCUUGAUAACCCUAUCACUAACUGCUUAUGUAUUGACAAGGAAAUUGUGCCUAAGUUCAAUGUCGCCAUCAAGAGUGUUUUUGGACGAAGAGGUCGACCCUACCAAGGAAUACUUGACCUGGUUGACCAUGAACCCUGGUGCAACUUCUUCGAUCAACUCUGUUGAGGUGGUUAAAGCUGAGACGCUCACAAUAAGUGAGAUUGCUGCCUUCAUCAAACGUGAGCCUGCAAAGGUUGCCUACUUUGACUGCAUUGCCACAAUUGAUGAUGUCAAGCUUGGUACUGACUGGUAUUACAUUGCCUGCAAGGAUUGUCAGAAAAAGUUAAACCGUGGGCCUACAACACUGCUUUGUCCAACAUGCGGGAAUGAAAAUGCUACUGCAGUAGCCAACUACCGGGUGGAGAUGUUUGUCUAUGAUAAUGAGGAGCAGUGCACUUUCAUCAUCCUCGGAGAUGCUGGGAAAGAGCUCACCGGCAGAAAAGCAACAGAGUUGAUCGACACUUAUGUUGAGGAAAAUGGUGGAGAUGGGGCUGAGCUUGAGGUUCCACUACCACAGUGUUUUAUCGACACAAUCGGACAGACUAAGAAAUUCAGGAUCAAGGUGGCCCCCUACAAUUUCACCUCUUCCCGACAAUCCUUCACAGCUACCAAAAUUGUGUCAUCGGCAGUUUUGCCACCAAAGAAGCCUCCACUCGAAGCGCCACCAGGAACUGAAGUGGAAAACUCAGAGUUAGCUGAGAGCAGUGGUGGUGGUACUUCAGCCACUGACGACCAGAAGAAAGCAAAGCGUAUCAAGCGUAGUGGCUAG